UGGAGGGGGUUGAGGGCAGCUGCAGGUCGCCUGUUCUCACAGCCGUACGUGAUGUGGAAGCCCAAGAGAGAGUACCAGGCGGGGGUAGACCACCAGUAUGAGGAAGCAGUACAAGCCCUAAAUUCACUCCAGACAAAUGCCUCAGUACUUCAGGUGGCUCGGGAGCAGGGCUCACGCUCGGGCCUUGCCAAUAUACCCACAACUGAACGGUUCUUGAGGAAGGUUGGCGUCAGCAGGGAUGAAUUGGAUAAACUGUCAGUUAUCCAUGUUGCUGGAACCAAAGGCAAAGGAUCAACCUGUGCCUUUAUUGAGAGCAUCCUGCGGGAACAUGGGUAUCGAACUGGCUUCUAUUCCUCUCCUCACUUGGUGGCUGUCCGGGAGAGAAUCAGGAUAAAUGGGCAACCCAUCAACAAGGAGGACUUUGCGCACUACUUCUGGGAUGUGUAUAAUUCUCUAGCAAGUCAGAAGGAAGAUGAAAAGGAUAUGCCCGCAUACUUCAAGUUCUUGACAGUCCUUGCUCUUAAAGUUUUCCUACAAGAGGAGGUGGAUGUGGCAGUGUUGGAAGUUGGAAUUGGAGGGGAAUAUGACUGUACCAAUGUUGUCAGGAAGCCUGUUGUAUGUGGCAUAACCUCACUUGAGCUGGACCACACCUCAAUCCUGGGAACGACAGUGGAGUCCAUUGCCUGGCACAAAUCAGGCAUCAUGAAGCCUGGAGUGCCAACCUUCACUGUGGAAGAGCAGCCUGGGAUGGCUAUGACAGUGCUGUCAGAGAGGGCAAAGGAAAAGGAGACAAAGUUGUAUGUUGUUCCACCUUUAGAGAGUUAUGGAUGGGGAUCACGUCCCUUGCAGCUGGGGCUUGCUGGCAAUGUACAGUAUCGUAAUGCCUCCCUGGCACUCCAGCUCUCCCAAUAUUGGAUUGACUCUCAGGUGAAAG